AAAAAAAAACUAGUGAAUUUUGCAGCUGAGCUGGGCUGGCUAUUUAGAGUAGGUGUAGGUAGGGAAUAGCUAGCAUAACGCAUAACUAACGCAUGCUAAUUGAAUCGAUGGACUCCUCCCUCCCAAAAUAUUUUUACUGGCUCAGUUGGUGAACGCCCGGACGUUACGGUGCUCAUGAAUCCAUUCUCUCCAUCACCUGUCCCCAAAUAAACAAGACAAGGCAACGCAACGCAUGCAUAUAUAAGCAGCAGGCGGACGGAGCUAGCUCGCCGGCAACGACCGCCGCGAACCAGAUGCCAACGACGACGACAAGGGCGACCGUGAUGCUGGUGUUGCUAAUAGCGCUGCUCGGCCGGCCGUCUCCGGCGGCGGCGCAGCUGGGGGACGCCCACAAGUGCCGCGACACGUGCCUGGAGGGGUGCACCGGGUGGGUGGUGGUGUGCCACGUGUCGUGCGCCAGCGCCUGCUCGGGGGCCGGCGGCAUCGGCAUCAUGAGCAUCGACAACGGCAUCCCGCCGGACCACCCCAACCCCGACGAUCUCCCCAAGCCGCCGCCGCUGCCGGACCUUGUCCAUCCCCUCCGAGGAGCCGGCGGCAUCGCCUUCAGCCCCGCGCCGUCACCGGCAGCAUCAGAAUCAGAAUCAUCAUCAUCGUCGUCGACAUCGGAUGAUGAUUAAUUACUAGGCAACUAGUUAAGGCACUAUCCAUAGAUUGGAUGCAACAAGCAUAUGACUGACGAAUGUGGUAGGCCUUCUCUCUGCGGGUAUGUCUCAUGGAUGGAUGAAAAUUCAUCAUAUUUGCAGCCA